AAAAUUCGCAAAGGCACCGUGGGAAGCACAGUGUGCCGACGGAAAAAUUCGCGCUCGAUCGCUUAGUGUUGCUUUUGUGGCUCUGACGCUCGCAAGUUAGAUUUCUUUCGAUCCCAAAUUUUUUCCCCGUUGUUCUAUUUUUGCACUUUCCCUUCGUUCGCAAAAAAGAUCCGUUGAUUUUUAGGAUCUUGGUAGGAGAUUUAGGUUUGGUAGGUGUGUCAAUGCGGUUGCGGUCGCUGCUCGUUGCUACCACGGCGGCCGCCUCGGCCAGCCGUCAUGAUCGCCUCGGCCAGCCGGAGGCGGAUGAAAAGGCACGCCAAGCCGCAUUGGAGGCGGAAGCUAAACAGGCCGCAGACGCACUCGGUAGCGCGCCACCGGUGGCUGUAAAGACCGGAAAGUACGGGACCGAGGGCGCGAUUGGAAAAGUAAUCAAGUUGCUGCUUGACAUGAAGAAGGACAUCGCCUCCGAUAACGACCGCGACAAGCGUAUGUAUGACCAAUUUGCGUGCUUUUGCAAGGAAGAGGGAGCCGCACGAGGAAAGGCCAUCGAGGACGCAAAGACGCGCUUAACCGAGCUCACGAAAUUGAUCGGCACUAGUUCCAGUCUGAUCACAGAGGCCGAGCUCCAGAUCGCCUUCGAAACGAAGAACAUCGCAGGGCAGAAGAAAAAGCAGGGACAACUCACCAAGGUAGCGCGGAUACAAUACGUAGCGCGGUUUUAAUGUGUCGAGCAAUAAUGUCACGAAAUUUUAAAAACUGAGAAUUUCGGAGGUUUGCAGACAGAGAUUCUUUCUAAAUCUGAGUUUAGUUUGACGAGACAACACCUUUCGCAUUUAAAUGCAUUUUUUCGCUGCUGCAGUGAUUCGCUGAAACUCUAAAACAGCGCAUGGAGACGGAUGACGCGGAGUUUUCCAAGAGGAAAGGCGAAAACAUCGAGACCCUGAACGUGUUGUCCAAAGCGAUCGGCGUGCUGUCCAAGCCAAAAAGCAUGUUUUUGCAGGCGGAAGCCGAAGAGAUGAAGCAAACCCUGGCAUUGGUGCAGCAACUCACAGGCAAGGCUGUGGGCGAGGGCACGAUGGGCCAGGCAGCAGGGUACUUGAUCGACCUAAAAAAGCAAACCGCAGUAGACCUGCAGCAGGACACUAUCGAGAACGUGAAUGCCCGAAAGGUGUACACGAAAGAGAUGCUUCUGGCAGAACAGGCAAUCUCCGAGCACGAGUUCAUUAAGCGCACACAAGAAGGCAUCUUAGCAGAAAACAUGAAGUUGAAGGGCGAGUAUGUCGAGGUACGAAUUUAAACUUGCGCUUUCGAUUGUUAUUUCAAGAAUAUAAACAAGAGACGAGCUUCAUUUUUUUGUGCCCAAGCUGCUAUGCUAGUGUUGCCACUACAAACUGUCUCGGCGUAAUGGAAUCUGUGCAGAUGGUGCGAAGUUCCAAUGUGAACGAAUCCCACUCCAGGAAUACAAUGCCGUGAAGCAGAAGAUGGACGUCGACGUGGAGUUCUUCGACAACAUGCAGGCGGACUGCGAUGCACGCUCCAGUUUCUACGGCAAGCAGGUCGCGGACGCCGAGGCGGAGCUGACUGCCAUUGACGCGACGCUCCCGAUCUUGGAGUCCAUUGUCGCCGGCGACAACAACGCGAGCCCGAACUUCCUCCAGCAGGGCAUGAAGACGAAGGUCCGCAUGUCGCUGACCAGCCGCGUGGAUCGCAUCGCCCGCCAGAUCCACCGCCUUCCGUCCGAAACGAAGCGCGCGGUCAUGGCCUUUUUGUCCCAAACGUCCGCCGCCGGCCUGACCGCCACGGAGAAGAUCGUCGAGAAGUGCGAAGAGAUGAUCGAAACGCUGAAGACGGAGAUCAAGGAAACCGACGACGCCAAGAACACCUGCGUGGAGACGACGCACAAGCUUGAGAUGGCCAAGGAGGAAGCGACGCAGGCCCGCGUUGCCGCGGAGGACGCCGUCACCGCGACGACGCAAGACAUUCGCUUCGUCGACGACGAAAUCAAGAAGGUGAUUGGCGACUUGGCCGUGAAUGAGAAGACCAAGGCCGAUCUGGACUCCAACUGCGCCCAGACCGCGAGCACGCUCAAGACCCAAAAGGAGGAGAUCGAAGCAGAGAAGGCUGCCGUGGAAGCCGCCACGGAGAAGUUGGCUGAGGCCUACGGCGACGAUGCCCUGGCCGCUUUAAAGGAGCACGAACACUUCCAGGUAGUGAAUAGCGUUGUGUGAAAGUGUCCGUGUUGAAACACUCACUGACGCGAACUGUGAGUUGCCUCGUGAGAAGGUUUGAAUUGUAUGCACCGCAAGGUGUCUUAUGUGUUUAAAACUUACAACCGCAUGUUUUUUUUAGGAACCGCUUCUUCCACCUUUUUCUCACUCUCUGUCUUCACUUAAGUACUUUUGUCUUCAAAUCUGUAAUUGCAAAUCCCAUAACAGGCCGACUACAACGACAAGUACAACAGCAUGGAAAGUGAUCAGAGCAAGAAGCAGCAUAUCAAAUGUAAAAAUUUCUGGGUCUGGGAGGAUGGAACUUGUCAUGCUAAAUCUGAAUCAUGCAAGAGAUCUGUGUUGCGUGAUUACCAACAGCCGUCGUUUUUUACCGAGUUGAGAGGGAAUUUCUCAUGCAGGAUCAGCAUGCUAGAGGUAGAGAUCUCACAGAGUUUGUCAUGGCGCUGCAUUCCAGACCUCAUGAGUCAUAGAAAACCCGCAUAAUUCCAGACCCAGACACUUUUGCAUUUGAUACAGCAGAGCACUGACUUCACGGACCAGGCCGCCCGCCGGUCUGGGGGCGCAAAGGUGGUGACCAUGUUGCUGAUGAUCAAAGAUAACCUGGCCAAGAACCUCGAUGACACCAUCGCCGAAGCCGCGGAGUCCAAAGAGAAGUGCGACAAGGAGAAGGAGGAGCUGACGGAGGCUCACAAGGAGCUCACCGACCUGAAGAACGGCAAAACCGACGAAAAGGUCGAGCUCGCGAAGGAGCUCGCCACCGAGAAGACGGCCCUGGAAAACGCCGAGACUGCGGAGGACGACGCGCAACAGGAGCUGGAAGACUACGGGAACUGCGCGCAAAAAAUCGAUGUGUACAACAACGCAAUGCUGGCCAAGCAAACCGACAUCGAUGCGAUCGAGGAGGUCAUUCAAUUUUUGCAAACUAUCUCCGCGGACACAGACAAAAAUGUGUCGCUCGUGGACGCCUCGGACGACGUCGAUCUGACCUUGGCGCACUACAAGUGAGGCGCUGGAUGUUUCUUUUGCGCGGAAACGGCGCCACCGAUUUCGAAUUUUGUAAGAUUUUUAGGUGGUGAUCUUCAAGGAGAAGGAGACAAAAAACGGGAUUCGCGGAAAGAAGGAGAAAUACAAAACGAAAAUCCAUGUGAAAGGCGGUAAAAAAUGCACGAUACGAAGUGAGCGAUUGCCGAGAUGUUGCAGUAUGUACAAAGAAGUUGAGUCUGUUUGUCUCACCCGCCGUUUUGUUUCACGCAAGCACAUCACCGUUUAGGGCGUGUUUAUUUAGAUUACUUGGAUUACUUUUGGCGAACAACAUUAUUUGGAUUACUUUUGGAUCACCCCAUCUUAGUUUGUUUAUUCAUAUUACGCACCCGAUUUAGGAUUACUUAGUUCACAGGAUUACUGGAUUACGCUUUCGGAAACACAGGAUGUGAUGCUUGCCAGUGAAAUUUCGGGACGCGCACUCGUUUCUCUGUAUGUGCUGAUAGCAAAUGCACAAGUCGUAGCGAUGCAUCAAACGAAAAAUUCACAGAAAUGAACAUUUGUUGAUAGGAGGUGUUCUUACGGGCUCGAGCUCGACGUGCACCUGGAGAACGC